AUGGCGGCUGUACCACCGUCUGGACGAGCGAAGAAUCUGCGGGCGUGCUUGGUUUGCACGAUUAUCCAAACGUCGAUGGACUUUCGCAAAAAAGGGUGUCCGAAUUGCGAGCAUUUUCUCGAGAUGCGAGGGAAUACGGAUCGAGUGAAUACAUGCACGACGGCUCAGUUUGAUGGAAUGACAGCAAUUAUGAACCCAAAGGAGAGCUGGGUCGCUAGAUGGAAGCGUGUUGACAUUUCAGUUCGUGGUAUCUAUGCCGUUCGGCUGUCUGCAAAGAUUCCAGAUGUGUUGAGGGCAGAACUGGAUGAACUUGGGAUUACACCGCGCAUGGACAUGAUUACUGAGACAUAG